ACACACACACACACACAUCUGUUGCAUUGACCACUUAUCUAUCAGGAGCACAUCAGGAAAGACAGCAUCCUGUUAAACCAUUUUUUUGAUGAUAUGGCUGUUAGUUGUGUUAGUUGUGUCACACAUAGCGGAUAUCACACACGCAAAAAAACAACUGUAAUGCAACCCUUUAAAAGCCAUAGUGACUUGCUUAACUGCAGCCUGUGUGCUGUGUUGUGUUCACUUGUGUUCACUUAUUUUCAGGCUCACUAGGACGUUUACGUUUGGAUUCGCACUUCAACCACGUUACACUUGCAGUUAUUACAGAACGCUGAGCCAAUACACGAACUAAAGUGGUGAGAUCUGUAAAGUGUGAAAGGAAAGUGUGGACGUGGAGCAGCAUCUGCAUAACUAACUACAAAGAGAUCAUGUCAGGUUGACGGGCUACAGUUACAGGCCACUGGGUUUCUUCUCCCUUCAUAUUGCAGUACAAUAUUGAUGCAACUUCCCCAUUAGUUUGUCUGUGUCAGCCACCAUGAGUCAACUCCCUUCACAAGACAGCAAAGCAAAUCACCCACUCACAGUGCGAUGCACUGAAACACACAUCGAUUGGGGAGAGGGAGUCCGGCAUCGGUUGCCUGUGCCACGCGUUGAGCUCCGCUCGGGUUAGUGAUGUGAGAGCAGUCCGGGCUGCGGCGGGUGAGAAAUGAGUAAAGGUUGUUUCGCAGAAUGGGGAACACAGCGACACAAACAAGCCAGCAGGUACUGCCGCCGUGGACUCACAGUCCUGGUGAGCGGCGAGAGGCAGAAGGCCUCCGGUAGAGUUACAGCUCAGAUGAUAGAAGGAAGUGCUCGCAAGCUGAAAAUAGGCCGAGCUGAAGCUGAAGCAAACACAUCUGACAGGCCAGCAGACAAUGAGCAUUCAGCUGUGUGAAGGAUUGAUGUUGGCUGAAUAAUGUCUGAAAGCGUCCUGGAAGAAAUCUUCAUCAAACGAUCUCAGCAGAAGAAGAAGACGUCCCCGCUGAACUUCAAGGAGCGAUGGUUCGUCCUCACCCAGGACAAAAUCGCCUACUACGACUUUGACCCUGAGAAGCGGAAGCGAAAAGGCUUGAAAGGAUCCGUUGACCUGGAAAAGAUCAAGUGUGUGGAGACGGUCCAGCAGGAUCCCAACGCCCCGCCGGAGCGCCUGUACGCCUUCCAGAUCAUCUACGAUGAAGGGCCUCUGUACAUCUUUGCAAAGACCGAAGACGUUCGGGCUCACUGGAUAAAGAAGCUCAAAGAGAUGGUGCGCUUCAACAAGGAUCUGAUGCAGAAGUACCACCCGUGUUUCUGGGUGGACGGGGUGUGGCUGUGCUGCCACCAGGAAGUCAAACAAGCCAUGGGCUGCAAAGUGCUGGACAAUAAGAACGGAUUUACAUCCAAAACCUCCAACAGAAGGGGAUCCAGGAAACCUCUUCCUCCCACCCCCACAGAGGAGAAAUCCGUCCGGCCGUUGCCUCCGCAGCCAAACGAGCCCCCCGCCCCCCCUGGAUCCAUAACUGUCAUAGCUGAGUACAACUACACGCCCAUGACGGACCAGGACCUGGAGCUGAGGAAGGAUGAGGAGUACACCAUCAUGGAUAAGUCCGACACCAACUGGUGGAAGGCCCGAGACCAGUACGGAAAAGAAGGCUACAUACCUAGUAAUUAUGUUGUGGAGGCAGCGAGUGGGCUAGAAAGAUUCGACUGGUAUUGCAAGAAUAUGAACCGUAGCCAAGCAGAGAAGCUGUUGAAGACCGAGAACAAAGAUGGCGGCUUCUUGGUGCGGGACUCCAGCAAAGCCGGGAAAUACACGGUGUCGUUGUUCACCAAAGGCGGCGGGGAAGCCGGUGGAAGCUGCAGACACUAUAACAUCUGCACCACCGCGCCGGGACAGUUUUAUCUGGCAGAAAAGCACAAUUUCAGCACCAUCCCAGAGCUGAUCACCUACCACCAGCACAACGCAGCAGGUAUGGUCAGCAGGCUGAAGUACAUCGUGUCUAACCGGGCACUGCCUCCAUCUACAGCAGGGCUUGGCUACGGUAUUUGGGAGAUUGACCCCCAUCACCUCACGUUCAUCAAGGAGCUGGGCAGCGGUCAGUUCGGAAUGGUGAAGUACGGGAAGUGGCAGGGCCAGCAUGACGUGGCCAUUAAGAUGAUUAAGGAGGGCUCCAUGUCUGAGGAUGAUUUCAUCGAAGAGGCUAAAAUCAUGAUGAAGCUCCGCCAUGAGAACCUGGUCCAGCUGUACGGCGUGUGCACCAAACAGAAACCCCUCUACAUAGUGACCGAGUUCCUCUCCAACGGCUGCCUGCUGACGUACCUGAAGGAGGGCCUGAAGCAGCACCCCACGGCCGUGCAGCUCCUGGAGAUGUGCAAAGACGUGUCUGAGGGCAUGGCCUACCUGGAGUCGCAGCAGUACAUCCACAGAGACCUGGCUGCCAGGAACUGCCUGGUGGACAGCAACGGGACGGUGAAGGUGACUGAUUUUGGACUGUCGAGGUACGUCUUAGACGAUGAAUACACAAGUUCAGCAGGCUCCAAGUUCCCAGUUCGCUGGUCACCACCCGAGGUUCUUCUCUACUGCAGGUUCAGCAGCAAGUCGGACAUCUGGGCGUACGGGGUGCUGAUGUGGGAAGUGUACACUUUAGGGCGACUUCCAUAUGAGCGCCUCAACAACACGGAAAUCGUGGAACAGGUCUCCCGGGGCAUGCGCCUCUACCGGCCUCAGCUAGCUAAUGAGAGGGUCUACAGCAUCAUGACCAGCUGCUGGAACGAAAAACCAGAUGAGCGACCCAACUUCCAGGAUCUGGCUGUAACCGUUCAGGAUCUGCUGUAUGAGCUCCAGUAACAGCAACAUACACACAAACCCACAGAGCAGCUUCGCUCACUGGUCCUGCAAAGUAAAAUAUCGGAUAUAUGGGACUAUGCAAUCACACCGAGGUCCUCUGCAAUGUGAAUACAUUUAGAAUAGGCUUAAUAUCACAUAGGCACUGUCCUACAGUCUACCAUUUAAAGUGUGGAUAUAUUAUUGGGAUAAACAGGAUAUGAAUGAAUGUCUAAGGACCCCUAUGUGGAGAAGAAGCUGGUUUACAGGGAAGUCUGGACUUACACGCUGCUCCUGCAGCCACAAUGACAAGCAGCAGAAAAUGAAUAUGUCGAUAUGUUACUGAAUUAAAUAAAAUUGUGUCCCUGUGUGUUGUGUUCAGUGGAAUUAGUGUGGGUCAAUGUGGGUUUAGAAAGAAGCUUUGUAAGGGUGUGUGGGUUACAGCCAAGUAUCAUAGGCUUUAACGUUGCUUAAAAUAAGAUGUGAAACGAAAAUGACUUGUACACAAAUAAAGUAUUUUAAUGUGAUGUGUGUGCAUAGAGUAGAAUAAACAUAUUUAUAAGUGAUUAGUUAAGAGACUGCAAUUUGUUACUCAGUAAUAAAUAGAGUUUGUUUUUUAAUGAUUUAUAACAUUGGAAAAAAAUAAGUUUUCUCUAAACAUUUAUUUCAAAACACAUUUGUUGGUGACAACAAUUUUUUUUAUCUACAACAUAAUUUUGUGGGAUGUAAAAUUGUAAAGGAAAAUAAUAAUGAAAUUAUUUUUAAUGUGAUAAUAAAUACGGGAGGACUGA